AUGCCCGUCUCCGAACAUCGGCCGUCCUUCCUUAUUGAGGCUUGGACCCUCUAUGCCAUUGGCACGUCCAUCAUCUUUACACGCUUUGCAGUGCGCUUCAAGACUGUUGGACUUCGUGGACUGCAGGGCGAUGACUUCUUUUCUGUUCUUGUCCAGCUGUUUUAUACAGUGGAUGCAUUCACGGUGCAUAUGAUUUAUUUCUUGGGGACGAAUAUCGAAGGUGGCGCCGCAGCCCAGACACACACAUUGACCGACGACGAACUCGACCAGUAUAUCAGGGGUUCUAAACUCCAACUCGCAGCCUGGUAUGCCUACACGGCACUGAUUUGGUCUCUCAAGGGCACCAUGCUGUGCUUCUUUUCUCGUAUGACAAUUGGUACAUGGCACAACGUAUUUGUCAAGACAGUCUCUGUUAUUUGCGUCGUCUCAUAUACCGCUGUUUUCCUUACAAUUACCUUUGGAUGCUUUCCUUAUCACAAAAACUGGCAGGUUCUGCCAAGUCCUGGACUGGUUUGCACACUGAAGAUGCAAAACUUCUUGGUCACAACUGUACUAAACGUCUUGACUGACGGUCUCAUUCUUUGUAUUCCCUUGCCUCUUCUCUGGAAGCUUCAGGUCCCUCUUCGCAAGAAACUCGUUGUCGGACUUCUUCUCUCCUCAGGCGCUUUCGUCAUCGCAGCAGCUAUUACCCGAGUCGUCCUCACCCUCUCCGCCAAUCCUUCCGCGCUUACAAUCAACUCAUGGGGCGUACGCGAGACCAUCGUCGGAAUCCUUACAGUCAACAUCCCCAUCCUACGACCAUUAUUCUCCAAGGCGUUCUGGACGGGACAGUCUGUAUCCAACAUCAGUUCUUCAUACCGAACACAAAACCGAACAGCGGGUACUCGUGGUAACGGAACGACAGACCUGGGCCCUUACGAGCUUACACCAAGCAUCAAUGAAGGGGCAAAGCCAAGCGAUAGAGGCAGCCAGGAUUCCAUCAUACCGAGAAACAUCAAGUUGGCGGAUAUCGUUGUUUCCAAGACAUACAACGUCACACAUGAUAAUGGCGUUGAUAAUGGAUCGUGGUAUGGUGAUCACAACGGUGCGUCCAAGGCUUCUGUGCACGCCGAGUCACCUGUAUAA